AUAAACUUCUGCUAGUAAAAAAUAGGUUGUGUAAAUUUUAUAAAAACAUUCAUGUGAUAGUGUGGUGUGUCAUAUGAUUUGUUGACAAAACUAUUAUCAAUAAAUUCCUUUUUGUUGAUUAUUCUUAUAUUUCAGUAAAUAGAAAAUGCUUUUUAUUUUAUCCUAGUGUAUUAAAAUUUGAAUUUACAAUGUCAUAUCAAGACGAAGAUGAUAAUACUCCUGAUCCAUAUGAUGGUGUAACAGGUUCAUUUCCAACCGAUUUCGGUUAUGGAACACUGGAUGGUGAAAAUGAGGCGAAUUUACCACCAGCUAGCGAACAAAAACCUCGUAUUUUACUUAUGGGGUUACGAAGAUCUGGAAAAUCUUCAAUUCAAAAAGUAGUGUUUCAUAAAAUGUCACCUAAUGAAACGUUAUUCUUAGGAUCCACGAAUAAAAUUGUUAAGGAUGAUAUAGCGAAUUCUAGUUUUGUGCAAUUUCAAAUAUGGGAUUUUCCUGGUCAAGUUGAUUUUUUUGAUCCGACAUUCGAUUCUGAUAUGAUUUUUGGUGGAUGUGGAGCACUUAUUUUUGUCAUAGACGCACAAGAUGAUUACACGGAUGCUUUACGUAAAUUAAAUUCAACAGUGACCAGAGCGUAUAAAGUGAAUCAAUCGAUUCGAUUUGAGGUAUUUAUCCAUAAAGUUGAUGGAUUAGGUGAUGAUUUCAAAAUGGAAUCACAACGAGAUAUUCAUCAAAGGGCGACUGAUGAUCUAGUUGAUACAGGAUACGACCAAAUUCAUUUAAGCUUUCAUUUGACAUCAAUUUAUGAUCAUUCAAUAUUCGAAGCGUUUUCGAAAGUUGUUCAAAAGCUUAUUCCACAGUUACCAACUCUUGAAAAUUUAUUAAAUAUUCUUAUAUCGAAUUCAGCAAUAGAAAAAGCAUUCUUAUUCGAUGUUGUAUCGAAGAUUUAUAUUGCAACUGAUUCAACGCCUGUUGAUAUGCAGAGUUAUGAAUUAUGUUGUGACAUGAUUGAUGUUGUCAUCGAUGUUUCUUGUAUAUAUGGACUUCGAGAUGAUUCCGAAGCAGCUGCCUUUGACGAACAAAGUUCAAGUCUUAUAAAAUUAAAUAAUGGGACUGUUUUAUAUUUACGAGAAGUUAAUAAAUUUUUAGCAUUAGUAUGUAUUUUAAGAGAGGAUAAUUUCGACAGAAAAGGUUUAAUCGAUUAUAAUUUCUUAUGUUUUCGCGAGGCUAUACAACAAGUGUUUGAAUUACGCAACAAAACAUUAUUUAAUAACACAUCAAAUCCUGAAAAUAGUUCAUCUUCGGCUUUAUUAAAUGGUAAAACAUCAGGCGCUCCAGAAUUAACAAAUAACACAGUGGGUGGAACAAAUAUACAGUAAAUAAAUACAACAAAAAAAUCACUUUCUCUGACAUCAUAUCAACUAUAAAUUAAUAAUUAUGAAACUCUAGUCGAUUACCAGUUUUCAUAAGUGUUCUUUUUUUUAUUCAUAAUUUUACAGGAGUUUUUUUUUUUAAUUUAUUGCAGGCUCUAGAGUCAUCAAUUAGUU